CUCUCCUUCCCUUCCACCUUUUUUCUUCCUCUCUUCGCAUGCACGCACGUACACACUCACAUCCCCCCUUUUCUCUCUCCAGAUAUCUCUCUCAUACUAUUUAAUAACCGGACUCGUAGUCCCUACCUUUCCAUGAUUCCAUCUCCUCCAUUCCCAUCCGCCCGCAUCUCCACUCCUCCUCUCCCCACCUCCUCAUCAAGCUAGCUAAGCUAGCUCUCCCAACCAUGGCUGGCGCCGGCACCGUCUGCUCCAUGUGCGGCGACGUCGGCUUCCCCGACAAGCUCUUCCAGUGCGCGCGCUGCCGCUACCGCUUCCAGCACUCAUACUGCACGAACUACUACGGUGACGCGGCGCCCGCCCCGGCCGGCGCCGACAUGUGCGACUGGUGCCUGAGCGACGUCGCCGGGAAGGCGAGGUACUCGUCGGCGGCCGGGAAGCAGCAGGGCGCCGGAAGCCAGGAGUCAUCCACGACGACGUCGAGCUCCUCCGCCGGAAGGGGUGGCGGCGGCAAGCCCGGCGCCGGCGAGCAGGAGAGCGGGCGGCGGGGGACCAAGGCGGCCGGCCGAAGGUACAAGCUGCUCAAGGACGUCUUGUGUUAGUUUGUUUGUUUAGGUCACCCAUGCCGUCACCCAGUACUAGUCGUCAUCGCUUAGGCUAUAUAGACUCGUUAGCUAGCCGCUAGUUUGAUGAUCGAUGUGCAUAUACUACGUGCGUACUCCAUAUUGUAUCUAGUUGUGUGUGUUAGGGUCUUUUAAGGGGGCCUGUUACCUGAAAUGUUGCACUCUUGGCUUGUGUUUCUCUUGCGUUAUGCUUGCAUGCUUUUCUAGUAUCUUGGAUAAUUUACUGCAUA